AUUGUUAAACUAUCAAUAUGGCAAAGUCAGAUGAUGAUGACGCAUACCUAUACAGCUCUGAGGACGAUGGGCAACCCUCCACCAAGAAGCAGAAAGUGAACGGAACCACCAAAGAGAAUCCUGCUAAAGACGACGCUGCAGCCACUAGGCCAAGCCAAAGUGAAGAUGAGGAUGAUGACGACGACGAAGAAGAAAGCAGUGAUGAUGAUAUUGAUAUCGUUAUUGGUGACAACACCACGUCCACUUCCAGACCAUCCACAGCAUCUACGUCGGUCACGACAGCGCCAACGAGCGAGUCGACCGAGUCUACUACCCAACCCACCAGUAUCGUGUCAAAUAACCAGAAAGAGUCUUUAGAUAUAAAUAAAGUGGUAGAAUUGGAUGGAAAGCCCUUAACACAAGUGGACUUGGAGAAAUUGAAAGACAAGCCAUGGAGAAUACCAGGGGCUGAUAUCUCUGACUACUUCAACUACGGAUUCGAUGAAAUCAGUUGGACUGCUUAUUGUUGCAAGCAAGACAAAUUGAGAGGUGAAUUCAACCCAGCUAAAUUGAUGGCUCAAAUUAUGGGAGGUCUGAAGGGAAAGAACGGUCCUCCUAUGCCGCCAAUGGGUAUGCCGGUGCCACCUCCAGGUAUGCCAAUGGGAAUGCCACCAAUGGGUAUGAUGCCUAACAUGCCUAACAUGCCUAAUAUGGCUAAUAUGCCAAUGCCUCCAAACAUGCCUAACAUGCCUAACAUGCCCAACAUGCCCCGUAACAUGAACUUUGGUAAGAGCAACUUGCCACCACCACCACCGCCUCCCAAGAAGUAAGGUAUUUUGUAUAUUAAUAAACGAAUCUACUAUCUCC